UUCAACAGGAGGCAAGUGGUGGAUGCGGAUGGAAACUUAUACUUCGUAUUUGCCAUCUUCACCGAAGUAGAGGCAUGCACUCAAAGCUAAAAUUCUAAAUGGGAUGCGUUCAGGCGACUGCGGUGGAGUCGAAGCUGACAGGUCUUUUUAUUCAAAGUUGAGAUAAUUUUUACUGGCGUAUUGCGGAGAGGUGCGUUGCGCGCGGUGGUGCAGCUAUCUAAUCUUCUCUAAAUAUCUACUCUUCUCUAAAGAUUUCAAGGACACAGCCUGAAAAAACUACUUAUUCCACAGUAGGAAGUGACAAUUGAAGUCACAAUGGCAGCCGUGGCACUCAAUGGAUCGAACAUAACAACGGGGAACUUUACGAAUCAGUUUGUUCAGCCGCCUUGGCAAGUUGCCCUGUGGUCGGUCGCCUACAGCUCCGUUUUGGCGGUGGCUGUGUUCGGAAACCUCAUUGUCAUAUGGAUAAUUCUCGCCCACAAACGAAUGCGGACAGUCACCAACUAUUUCCUUUUGAACUUGGCAUUUUCGGACGCAUCCAUGGCCGCCUUCAACACAUUAAUUAAUUUCAUAUAUGCUGCCCACGGAGACUGGUACUUCGGAGAGGCUUAUUGCAGGUUUCACAACUUUUUCCCCGUCACCUCCGUGUUCGCAAGCAUCUAUUCGAUGACUGCAAUUGCCGUUGAUAGGUACAUGGCCAUCAUCCACCCUCUGAAGCCACGGCUGUCGGCCACAGCCACCAAGGUGGUGAUCUUGUGUAUCUGGGCGCUGGCUGUGGUGCUGGCCUUCCCCCUCUGCUUCUACUCCACCAUCCGCAUCCUGCCCCGCCGGACCAUCUGCUAUGUGGCCUGGCCCCGCAAGGAGGACGACCCCUUCAUGUUUCAUAUCAUUGUGAUGCUACUGGUUUACCUACUGCCCCUAAUGGUAAUGGGCAUCACCUACACCAUCGUCGGGGUGACGCUGUGGGGGGGAGAGAUCCCGGGGGAUUCAUCUGACAACUACCACGGCCAGCUCCGGGCCAAGAGGAAGGUGGUCAAGAUGAUGAUCAUUGUGGUGGUGACCUUCGCCCUCUGCUGGCUGCCGUACCACGUCUACUUCAUCGUGACGGGGCUCAACAAGGCUCUGAUGAGGUGGAAGUCUAUCCAACAGGUCUACCUGUCAGUGAUGUGGCUGGCCAUGAGCUCCACCAUGUACAAUCCCAUCAUCUACUGCUGCCUGAACAGCAGGUUCCGGGCUGGCUUCAAGCGGGCAUUCCGCUGGUGCCCCUUCGUCCAGGUGUCCAGCUAUGAUGAGCUGGAGCUGAGGGCCACCCGCCUCCACCCGGCCCGCCAGAGCAGCAUGUACACCCUGUCCCGCAUGGAUACCUCCGUGGUAGUGGCGUAUGACCCUGUAGACGGAACAAACAACCAGAACCAGGCCAGGAAGAAGAGCUACGUCAACCAGAGAAUGGAAAACGGGCUUGGUUGCAAUGGGAACGGGGCCAAGGCUAAGGCAGGCUGCGCCCCCAAUGCUGAGGCUGAGGACUUCUCCUAAAGGAGGCCAUACUGGAUGCAGACACACACUCAGGCAUGAGCAAACACACAGGCAUGUGUUCACACACGCAAGCAUGUAUAGAGUGGUAACAUAUACUGGGUACAGUACAUGCAAAGACAGGUAGACAUUGCAAACAUACAUACAUGCUGUCCCUGUCAAUACACACACAUGCAAACACACACUUUUCAAAGAGUUCAGAGAAUAUCGCUGAAAACACAUUUUAGAUGAGAAGCAGGAAUUAAUUGUCAAAUAUAACCAUCAGAUAGCAUAUUGUUGUACGGUCUGUAAUACUAUGAACAUCACUGAAGUGUACUGUAUAUAAAAACAUGCAUAAGAAAAUAAGAUUUACAAAAAAUGCCUGGUCAAGUAACAUCCUGAAUGCAAUGGCUACUGAGUGUUUAAAACAUUAUGAAUACCUGCUCUUUCCAUGACAUAGACUGACCAGGUGAAAGAUAUGAUCCCUUAUUG